CUUUGGCGGUGGUCGGCUUCCCUCUGCAAGGGAAGGCCAUUUUGUCCUCUGGACAUUUCCCUCGCCAAUAUCUCUGAUAUCCUGCUCGACCUUCUCAACAGCGACAUAGAUAGCCGGUGUUUUGGACGAACCAUUGGACGACACGAUUUCGAACGUUCGUACGGUCUGCCCUAGACGUCAUGGCUACGCAGGCUCCUGUGCCUCAGUCUACUACUGCCAAACGAGCAGGCAAGAUGGCCACUAGCCAGUCGUUGAACCACUUGUUGAACUUCACGCUGCCCCCGAGGCAGACUCAUCAGUACCAGAGUCUCCCGAGGCGAAAGAAGACGGCUAAUCAGCAGGUGUGGAAUAAGGAGCGAUUUGUUAAUGCGCAGUAUCGCUUUGUUAUGAACCCAAGCGGAGACUAUACUGUUCAUUUUGCCGAUCCAGACAUCUACUUCCAGUGGCAUGAUAUCCUUCAGGUCAUACUUCCACGCAUCACGACAGCCACCUCUGCUAGUUCAGGAUACCACCAUGUUGAAGCAGAGGGUGUUACAACAUGCCCGAUCUGCUUAUCGCCUCCAACUGCCCCUCGGAUGACCAAAUGCGGUCAUAUAUUCUGUUAUCCUUGUAUUUUACACUACCUCAGCACCUCGGACAAAGCGAAGUGGGUGCGAUGCCCAAUUUGCUUUGACUCUGUCAAUGAGCGUCAACUCAAGUCCGUCAAGUGGUACGACGGACCUCCGUCUGUCGAGGAAGAUGACGAGACUGCUGCUGAAGCCUCUUCUUCUGCUAGCGUGGAAAGCGGCUUCGUUGCUACCCCACGCCCUGGUUCUACCUUACGGAUGCGACUGAUGCAACGGCCUCAGAUCACGACCUUGGCUCUCCCUCGAUCACCAACCUGGCCAUCCGAUCUUUUACCACCACACCAGGCUCCUUUCCACUUCCUUCCUGAUGUCUAUACCUUCGCCAAGUUCAUGCUCGCGACACCCUCUUAUCUCAUAACAGACUUGACAAAGGACUUGGACGAUCUGGCUGUCGAACGACGUAUGCUGGCUAGCAUGAAAGACGAUCUUGGAAUCUGCUUCGUCGAUGCAGCUGACGCCAAGAUCCGUCAUCAGAUAGAGAAGGCUGAAGCGUUGGAGACACCUCAGUUGAAGGAAGCGGUUGAGAAUGCCCUUCAGAUGCAACAGCAGAUCACGAAUCGUAGCGUGUAUGACCGGAAGAAGAAGGAGCAGCAGCAAACUGCUCCUUUACCUGACGCACCAGAAGCGUUCCUUGCCACUCAGAAGUCAGGUUUCAGCACACCGACUUCGCAUCAACCGAGCCCUUCUCCCGUACCACCCCUUUCUACCCACCCUCGGCCCACACCCUCUCCUACAUCAGCUCGAAGUCCUAGACAAAGGCGAAACCUCAACCCUCCUCCCCCUUCAACAUCUACAUACUAUUAUUACCAAGCAGCAUCAGGCAUGCCGAUCUUCCUGCAUCCUCUAGACAUCAAGAUCCUCUUUUCGCACUUCAACAGCUACGCCUCUUUUCCCGAUACUAUCACUGUCCGAGUGGAGUCCUACGCAGAAUCAACUGUUAACGAAGACCUCCGUAAACGAUGCAAGUACUUAGCACAUUUACCUGAAUGCGCUGACGUGGUCUUCGUCGAGACUGAUUUGGAAGGCGUUGUUGGUCAAGAAGGUCUGAAGAAUUUCGAACGAGCUUUGACGAUGCGUCGAGCUCGGCGGAAGGAGAAAGGCCGGAAAGACGACCGUGCGAAAGCAAGAGCUGAGGAACGGGAGAAGGAGAAAUUGGUACAUACGUGGAAUGAAGCCACAAAACCUCAUGUAGACGCAUAUAUUCCACCCCCAAUCCCUCGAUCACCUUCACCACUCCUCGUUGACGAGUCCCCAGAGACCGGUCAAGACGGAGCGGCUGAUCAGGUACCUGCUUCUCAACAAGAUUCGCCAGGUGUUUGGGGCGCGAGGAGUUUUGCUUCGGCUGCUCAUGCUGCUCAAGGCCGUCCACCUAGCGUGAGGCCUGCUACAGUGAAUCGACGUUCGCCGUCGGAGAGGUUUGAGGAUGAAUAUGAUUUGGACGUUGCGUUCCACGAAUUGGAGCAGCGGACUCAUCGGGGUGGGGGUGGGAAGAAGAGGAAUAACAGGUUGGUUGUGUUAGGUGGAGGUCCUGGACGACGAAAGUGAGUACACUUCGAAGGCUUUCCUGAGGAAGGGUAGGUGUAUGUAUGUGGGUGUAGAGAUAGCUCUCAUCCGAACUUUGAGCGGAUGUGGGUAUGUUGUGUAGUUCGGCUUUCAAUUUCGUUCCUUCAUUGUGCGUGUGUGUUUUCUAAUAGUCAUCAAGUCACAUUUGUAGCAACAGUAUACAGCAAUUAUACAAUAUCUAAUGCAUUCAGGACUUGACCUUGACUUUGCAACCAGCCUUCUUGCGACUGAGAACGUACGAGUAUGCCAUCUGUCUUUUGAUUUC